AUGAGUUCAAUCUUUCUAACUCACCUCCGUACAGGGUGGCACGUAGACCAGGCCAUUCUAUCCGAGGACCAGCGACUCGUCAUAAUCCGCUUUGGCAGAGAUCACGAUCGAACGUGUAUGAUUAUGGAUGAGGUUCUCUAUGGAAUAGCAGAGAAGGUGAAGAAUUUUGCAGCCAUCUAUGUUUGUGACAUCGAGCAGGUACCAGACUUCAACGAAAUGUAUGAGCUCUAUGAUCCAUGCACGGUGAUGUUCUUUUUCCGUAAUAAGCACAUGAUGUGUGACUUUGGAACAGGAAACAACAACAAGCUCAAUUUCACAAUAGAUAACAAACAGGAAAUGAUCGAUAUUAUAGAGACUAUUUAUAGAGGAGCUACCAAGGGUAAGGGUUUGGUGGCCAGCCCGAAGGAUUAUAGUUCGGCAAGGGCUAGGUGA